GAGACAGCAGGAUGCCAAGGGGAGCACUCCGACACACGGCGUCCGUUUUACCGUCCCCCGGCGUCGUCUCUCGGCCACAGAAACUCUGAUGGGCGUUUUUAUCUUCCUUUUACCGUCCUCGACGCUUGGAUAUUUUCGGAAGCCACGAAAUGAAGCGAAUGAAUCCACGCUGGAAGUCGCCCCCCAUGUGGCCGUCGGGAGUGGGGAGCAGGCAGCCCUGCCCGCGGGAGUCGGCGCUGCGCAAGGCGGCCAUCAGCGGCAACAUCAACGCCCUGCCGCACCACGUCCCCACCGGCCGCAGCGUCCGGGUCUUCAUCUGUGCCAACCCCGACGACACAGAGGCGGAGAGGAACGCACUGAAAGAGCACGUCUACCCCAAACUACGAGACUUCUGCAGGGAGAACUAUGGGAUUGAAUUCCAGGUGGUGGACCUGUACUGGGGCGUGGACCCAGAGGAGUGGGACAGUCCAGAGCUGCAGCGACUCCGAAUGAAGCUCCUGGAGGAAUGUCUAAAGACCUCAGCGGGACCGUGUUUUGUCAUUAAUGUUCAGCCUUACAGCUCUGAACCCUUGUUGGAAGAACUCUGGUGUCUUUGA